AUGUCGAUUUUGUCUUACAACGGAGCGGCAAUAAUCGCGAUGACUGGCAAAGAUUGCGUCGGCAUUGCAUGUGAUACAAGGCUUGGAAUGCAGGCACAGACGGUGGCCAUGGAUUUCCAAAAGGUCUUUCGUGUGACAGACAAGACGUUCUUGGGUUUGGCGGGUCUUGCUACCGACGUGCAGUCCGUAUCGCAGUUACUUAAGUUUAAAAUAAACAUGUUUCAAAUGAAUGAGGAGCGUGACAUCAAGCCCAAGACACUUAGUGCACUUCUUUCCAACAUGAUGUACGAGAAGCGGUUCGGCCCGUGGUUCGUGGAACCAGUGAUCGCAGGUUUAACAGAGGACAAUCAACCUUUUCUUUCAAGUAUGGACUGCCUGGGCUGCGAAAUGAUGACCAAAGACUUUGUUGUGGCCGGCACGAUGGAGGAGGCAUUAUACGGCAUGUGCGAGUCCAUGUACAAGCCUGACAUGGAGGAAGGUGACCUUUUUGAGACGCUCUCCCAGUGUCUGCUGUCAGCUUGCAACCGUGACGCACUUUCUGGAUGGGGGGCCGUUGUGCAUAUUAUCACACCCAAAGGCAUAACGUCGAAGAAGCUGCUGACGCGUCAGGAUUAG